UAAAGGUAAAAAACGUGAGGGCGAUCGUUUGUUUACUUUCGUAAAAAUGGCCUCGGUUGGCGUCCGUGCGGUCUGCGCUCUACGUGCUUUCACGCCAACAUGCUUCAGCAGAUUGCAAAAUGGACUCUCUCGUAAUUUCCAAUUCGCGGUUCAGAGGAACUUGUCUGUGUCUCACCGCGUCUUCGCAGAUCUCAAAUACACGGAGCAGCACGAAUGGGUGCGCUUGGACGGAGCCGUGGGCACGGUCGGCAUCACGGCUAAAGCGGCGGAGUCCAUGGGCGAUCUGGUGUACGUGGAGAUUGCUGAGCCCGGACUAGAAGUGGAUCAAGGAGAUGAGUGCGGAUCAGUGGAGAGUGUCAAGGCAGUGAGCGACAUCUACGCCCCCGUCUCUGGCAAAAUCACUGAUCGCAAUACGGACCUCUCUGACACACCAGAGCUGGUCAACCAGGACCCGUACGGCGAACAAGGCUGGCUGUUCAAGAUCGAGCUCUCCAAGCCGGAGGAGCUGGACGCGCUGAUGACGGAGGAGCAGUACACGGCCUUCAUCACAGAGGAGUGAGUGGCCGCCGCGGACGUCUAGUGGUGCUACUGAGCGUGAGAUGGAGGGACGCUCAGCCCGAUACAGCGCGUCAGCACGGCGGGGCCCGCGUCCCGCGCGCUGUGACCCGGUGCCAGUGAUGUGGGGGCUUUUCGAUAGCUGUGUUCAGGGACGGCAGUCCUCAGAGUAAGUGAGAACUUGCGCUGAGGCACUCACGAAGCUGCAUGUGCAAUACGAUGGUUAUUUGAGUACGCAUUUUUAUCGUGCGCUGAAUGACAAUACAUUGAACACAUUUAUGCUUUCCUAAAAGGAGCGUGCAAGUGUUCACAACCUAAA